GAUAUUAGCUAGCAGUCGCUAACGGUAUUCUCUGCAAAAGGGAAGACGGUAAUUCAAGAAAAUCACCACCUGGAUUGCUUAAAGGACUGUACCUCAAUAAAUUAUAACCGAUCUAAGAAGGAUUAAUCAAGUUGUAAACAUUACAACCGAAGUUUAAUAUUUGUUGCUGGGUGUCUGUUGUCUCAUGAUGGAAGAUAACGGUGCACAUUUCUUCGAGGGGACCGAGAAGCUGUUGGAGGUGUGGUUCUCUCGACAGGAUGAAACCAAAGGAACCGGGGACCUCCGUACCAUCCCGAGGUUUGAGUGGGACAAACUUCUGGAGAAUGUGCAUUGUUUGAUCAUAAGUGUGACAAAGUCUGACAAGCAGGAAGCUUAUAUACUCAGUGAGAGUAGCAUGUUUGUCUCCAAGAGACGUUUCAUUUUGAAGACAUGCGGAACCACCCUCUUACUGCAAGCACUGGUGCCUCUGCUGGAACUCGCCAGGGAGUACUGCGGCUUCGAUGCCAUCGAGAAUUUCUUCUACUCCCGCAAGAACUUUAUGAAGCCAACCCAUCAAGAGUUCCCUCAUCGAAACUUCCAGGAGGAAGUGGACUUCCUCAGCCAGAUUUUCCCAAAUGGUGCAGCCUACUGUAUGGGACGUUUGAACUCUGACUGCUGGUACCUGUUUACCCUGGACUUACCAGAGUACUGGCAGAACAAGCAUGCGGAUCAGACGCUGGAAGUUCUGAUGAGUGACCUCGAUCCAGCCAUUAUGGACCAGUUCUAUAUGAAAGAUGGUGUUUCUGCAAGUGAUGUCACUCGUAUGAGUGGAAUUCGUGACCUGAUACCAGGUUCUGUGAUCGACGCCACAAUGUUCAACCCUUGUGGAUACUCAAUGAAUGGAAUGAAGACUGACGGAACGUACUGGACCAUCCACAUCACCCCGGAGCCCGAGUUCUCCUACGUCAGCUUCGAAACCAACCUCUCCGAGACCUCGUACGAUGAUCUGGUCAGUAAGGUGGUGGACGUGUUCAAGCCAGGGAAAUUUGUGACUACGCUUUUUGUCAACCAGAAGUCUAAAUGUCGCAGUGUCUUUACUCCUGCCCAGUCGAUGGAGGGCUACAAGCGCCUCGACCGCCAGUUGGCUCAAUUCAACGAUUACAAUUUCGUCUUCACUAGCUACGCCAAGAGCCGCCAGCAGAACCAGCAGAGCUGAGGGUUGAGGAUGAAGAAGAGGCGUAAAAAGAGAGGCGGCCGCCCAGGGCUCCCCCCCGGUGGCCGGCUUCACCCCCCCGUAGAGAGCUUGUCCUCUUCCUCCCCCCUCCUCUUCCCCUCCUCCCCCGCCGCCGCCUGCUGCUGUUGCUGUCGCCGUUCAGAAUCCCCCGGUGCUGGCGUGGUGGCGAGCCCUAGCUUAUCCUCCAGUUUGAGUUGUUCGCAUUGUUGUACCCGUGACUUAGAUCUCUUGCAUGGAAGCUCUUUUCUCCGUUUCGAUAUCCUAGCUCACUCUUGCUGUGAUCUUGAAGUGCAUGUAGAGGAAUUAGACUCGCUCGGUUUGAGGCUGUCCACCUGUGCCCAGUACAACGUUCCCUUCCUGCAGGUCUCCCCCCUCAUCCCCCACAGACAAGGCUUCCGCCCGCACUAGGCCGGGGCCCUGACAUGCUCAGACCAGUCUGCCUCUUAACCAUCCCAACUCCGCCAUUUCAAAUUUGACCGGACCCCGCUCUGCCUAAUCUACUGUCAAAUUCCAACAUUUGGUAUUUAUGAAUUGCUACCAAUUUUUGAGUGCACUUUCGAAAAUAAAAAUUGGUUACUCAUGGUACGAAACGAAGGUCAACCUUUUCGUCUAAAGUCUGAUUGAAUGUACAAGUCCCUUAACGCUUUUUCGGCCAUUCUAAUCGUUGUCGCAUUGUCCUGUUUGAGUUCCUUAUACUUAAUACUUGAUGCUAUUUAACGUUGCACUAUUGGAUAAAGGUUUGCAGCUUAUUGGUCAACAUAAAGCGCUCUAAAACGGAAAAAGUUUGACUUUGCUGGGCUCCAAAGCUCGCUCCCAUCAGCAUUCAUUUGUGCUCCUCCACCUCGACAAUUGGGUAGUCCGUGUGUUUUCCCCAAAAUAGACAGCCUUUUUAAAGUUGGGUCUGGAAAAUGUAUGUCUAUGAAUCAUUUAAGACAUUGAACAUGUGCACUUUGUUUCACCCUGGCUUUUUAUUUUAUUUUUUAUAUAUACAGCAUGCUGUAUCUAUAGGAAGCUUCUGGGUCUUAAACCCAUGCCCCCUCCCCCCAAGUCAUUUAGCACUCUAGUUUCCAUAUUUGCAUGAAGUGGUUAAAAUGAUCAAACUGAAUGUAGCUCCGGCUGUGUAAAGCAGCUGUCUGUUCCCUGUCUUUUCGAAUGUACACGUCUCUAGAGAAAAGCCUGGACCAGGUUUGAGCUGAAUGUACCACUCCAGUAGAUAGAGCAACCCCCCCCCCACCGUCCUCUAUAUAUACACACUCACGUCCAGCUCACAAUGCCCUCUGCCGACCGGCCAUUGUCCGGCCCUUAGCAGGUCUCCCCCUGCCAGAGUCAGACUGUCCACUGGCCCCAGAAACCGUGACAUGGCGAAAGCCGGCCCUCCUGGCCGCGCCCGCUCUGAAUGGGAAAUAAUGAAUCGGACACUUUUUGCUUAGUUGCCCAGCAAAGCGUUUUUCUUUUUCCCACAUAAUAUCCAUCCUCCCUCUGUCUCUUUCCGCCCCAUACAGAAAUCUGUAAGUGCACAAUAGAGGCCCACCAGUCUGAGCAUGCCAGGGUGAUCCCGGAUCAUUCCACAUGUAACCGCUGCAUAAACUGCCGUUUUAUUAAAUUUAUUGUGCCCAGACGGUUUUUUGCAGUGAAUCGGUCGAAAAUGUGACUCCCCUAGCAGUUUUUUUUUUUUUUUUUUUUUUUUUUUCUUUUUGUUUGGAUCAAUGCCCUUUUGUUCAUUGUGGGGUAGGGGGGGUGGAUCCUGUGACACUGGUGCAUGUGACUACUAGUGCCGUGUUGCUUGACAGUGUAGUGUAGGGCUGUCUCUUCCUUUUUUUUUUUUUUUUUUUCUUCCUCUUAGGGGUCGGGUUAACUUGUGUUGAUCUUAUAUUUCAAGUUGUGGACAAGUGCUGAAAGCAGGUUGGGCAUCUGUAACUUAUUACUACUUUUAACCUUGUCGGCCUGCCGUGGCGUUUCCGUGGUGUUCAUGGUGCUUCUCCUGCCAGAGAACGCAGUUUGAAUUUAGAAGCGGAGAAGACGCGGCGGGAGGCGUAGCCUGCUUUCAGCCCCGUGUUGCAGUACUUCUUUUGAAAUGUGUGCAAUCUGCACCUAUAGCAGUGCAUACGUCACUUCAAGCUUCUUCUUUUUUUUUUUUUUUUUUUUCUUCUUCAGCCAGUUGGACCAGUAGAUUAAGUUGGGAUUAGUCGAUGUAAGAACUAGCAGUGACGUUUACUCGCCUAGCUUUGUCUAUCACAGCUUUUUGGAGUGGUUUCAUUCUUUCCCUGAGGACCAAUCUCUGCUUUUACAUGAGCUAUUCUCAACUUGCAGUCAAAAGAAAUGAAGUGAUCUGCAAUGCUUGCUAUAGGUGGCUAUAGAUUUUUUUUUUUUUUUUUUUUUUUUUUUUUUUUCCUUUAAAUUAAUUUUUUAUAUGAACUCACACAUUUAAAGUGUUCAGAAAUACUGAAGAAGUUUUAACACAAACUGUUCUUAGAUUAAGUACAUUUUAACCUUGUUGGUGUGAAUCAUUGCUUUUUUUUUUUUUUUUUUUUUUUUUUUUUUUUAUACACAGUGAACUCACAAUGCAUUUUGCAGUUGAAUGGUAAUAGAAUUUUAUACAAAAAUAUUUUGUAUUUUUGCUGCGGACCAAUCUUUAUUUUUUUCUUUCCCCCCCUUUUUUUU